AUGGACGAAAGGCGAGAUCUUCGCAAGUUUCCUCGUGGUGAAAGAUGUCCAGAAUGUGGUGCCCGGCGAUGGUAUCUGGAGAAUGGUCUGCGUUUCUGCUCCAACGGUCACCAAGUUGAGGGAUUUAUUCAAUUCGACAUAGGUGACGAGGUAGAUGCCGGGAACCUCGGAAGGGUGGCCAGAAAGGAAAAGGAAGUCAAAGAAAAAGAGCUACGACAUCUCACUGGUCAAGCAGGAAGGAAUCUUUUUCUCGAAAGCCUGCAGCUAAUCUUGAGAAAUCAACUUCUAUGGCUCAUAAAGAGCAAAGGCCAUCGAGAGGAACUUGAGACUGUGGUCCGAGACCUUUGGGAUCUUCGCACCCGCGGCGGUGGUGCGCUUCCCGUGGAAGAGGAGACGCAGCAAGAGGCAGAACAAGAUGAGGGUCUAGCGAUGUUCAGUUCGCAACCUGCAGUUGACGAUAAGAGCAAAGACGACACGCUCAAGAAACAGCGAACAAGAGCCAGGAGCUGGAAUCCAGAGGAGAAUCCAGAUUGGCCAAUGCCCAGGAUGAUCGAUACUCUGGCUUUGUGCUAUCUUGGGUGCUUACUGCUCAGAAUACCCACAGCCAUCGGUGAGCUGUGUCUUUGGGCCAAUGCCGGACGGAUACCGUACAAACGAUCGUAUUAUGAUCUACCGCAAGAAAUGCAGGAUCGACUACCUUCCCCUUAUACAAGAGCGCUCAAGCUACCCCUUCGCUCAUCUCUCAAGGGCAUUGACUUGCACAAUGCAGUGCUAGAUCUUGCGCUAUCGUAUAAUUACAACUAUGGCAUGAUAUUCCCUGCUGUCAACGAAACGCCGACUUUGGUUCAUUUUGUCAGACAGCUCAGCUUGCCAGUUGAAGCACUUGUCACUGCAAAAAGUAUAUUAUCAGUGAUGCGCUUCUCCUUCCAGUUGCCAAUCGAACAGUCGCGACGCUUUCACAUUGAUUAUCCUGAGAUUCUCCUCAUCUCGGUUGUUCUUGUUGCCGCAAAGCUGUGCUUUCCACUGGGGCGCCACGCUCCCUUACUCCAAGUCGCCGGCGCCGAGCCCAAUAUCAGAUUUGACUGGACAAAGUGGCAAAAAAGCAUUCAUGAGCUGCUGGAUCCAUCGCAAGCAUCUGGGAAGGAUCCAAUCUUCGAAAAGAUCACAGUGGAUCAAGUCAUCUCCAUGACAGCAGAGGAGCUCAACGAAUACUUCGCUCAUAUUGCCAGUACAAUUGACAAGAAGAAUGACUCGGUAGUCACAAGAUUCUUUCCUUCAGAGAGUGCUCCGCCCCCGGAAACACUUUCAGCAGAAAACACCGAGAAGGACAACGAUCAUAAGAUGAGACAGAUCUUGGGGAGAGCUAUCAUGAUCGCUGGAGAAGAAGGAUCUGAACAAGAAGACGGAACCAUGUUGGAGCCGCAAUAUGAAGCAUUCCGUUCAGUAGAUGAUUUAAGCGAGACAGCGCAGGCGUUGUAUAAAGCUGCUAGUCACAUAUCAGGCUUGUCGCUAGACGAAGCAGUGCAGGCAGUUUACAUGUUGGAACAGAAAAUACUCGGUUGGCAGAUGGCUCAACUGCAGAUUUUCGUGAAGACCCUGACGGGCAAGACCAUCACCCUCGAGGUCGAGUCUUCGGACACCAUCGACAAUGUCAAGUCCAAGAUCCAGGACAAGGAGGGCAUCCCCCCGGAUCAGCAGCGAUUGAUCUUCGCCGGCAAGCAGCUCGAGGAUGGCCGAACCCUCUCCGACUACAACAUCCAGAAGGAGUCUACCCUCCACUUGGUCCUCCGUCUCCGUGGUGGUAUCAUUGAGCCUUCGCUCAAGGCUCUUGCCUCCAAGUUCAACUGCGACAAGAUGAUCUGCCGCAAGUGCUACGCCCGUCUCCCUCCCCGUGCCACCAACUGCCGCAAGCGCAAGUGUGGUCACACCAACCAGCUCCGACCUAAGAAGAAGCUCAAAUAA